ACUUCCUUCCCAUCGUAACAUACGCAUUCCUCUUCCCUCUGCUGCCCACCUCCAGCAAGCACCGGCAGCAAUCCUCACCAGCCAUGUCUACCCACAAUUCUCGCCAGCCAGCUUUCGCUCAGCAUGUCCGCGUUUCGUCGACGGAGGAUGUUUCGUACUCUCUCCCCUCAACGGGAUCCGCAGGAACGAACGAUGUCAUUCAGACCAUUGUCACUGGCAGAAAGUGUUGGAAGACCAUUAAAGGCAAGGGCGAAGUCGUCUGGCCGCCAUACUUGGAAGCCGCCCUCAUUGAGGGUCUCGAAAAGUAUCGACCUGUCGAAACACGAUCGACAAGGGCUCUUGGUCGCUAUCCAAUGCGGAACAAGUUUAUCUCAGAUUACAUCUACGAUGCCACAGGGAAGCGAAGGACUCCCAAACAGGUUGGAAGUCGUCUCCAGCAAUUGAGGGACACCUGUGAGGGCAAGCGAAUCCUCAAGCUCCUUGCGAGCCGUUCCACUGAGGCUGCGAAAGCCGAGGAACAGAAUAAGAAAUGUUCCGCUGCGCGUUCUCGCUCCAAGAGUCCUCCUCCUUCCCCUCCCACCGAGUAUGUUCCUAUCGAUGUACUCCCUUCCAAUGUUGCCUGGUCCACCACCGAUAUAGGCGCGAUUCCAUGCCCCGGUUCCUCGGGUGCCUCAACUUCGGCCUCCUCGACUGGGAACGCAUUGCAUAUUCCCCGCCCUCUUCGUGCAAUCAACCCGACUGUCACUUUCAAAUCUGGUUCCCCUCUUUCCGCUCAAUCGUCCUUCCGAGUCUUGCAGAACGGAUCUGUGGUCCAUACUGAGACCUCGGAUCUCGAGCUUUGCUCCUCUUCUUGCAUGCCUGCUGCCGAAUUUCCCUCCGAUAUGGAAUGUACGUUCCUCUAUAGUACGACAUUGGUUCCAGGCUUUUGGUCUCAGCUCUGCGACUGUCUCGACUUAUCGCCGUACAGCAUUGUUCAAGACAUUAUACCCUCUCCUGCCCAGAAGGACUCCGGUUCUGAUUCCUCACCUGCUUCACAGCAAGUCAUGCUGUCCAUUGUGUAUACAUUCAAUGUUCACAAUACGAGGAUGGUCACUACUCCUCGUUCCCCGACGUCGAGCCUCAGUGCAGGUCCUGAAGCAGAUCACUUGAGCUUCUCCUCGUCUUCCACUCCUGAGCUUGGUGGUGAAUUCGACGACAUGUUCAACUCGCUAGCUCGUCAACAAGUGUCUGGCUUCGUGCCACCUCCUAUUCAGACACCCUCCUAUGUGGCAUCUUCGUAUGAUGCGCCACCAGACCUCAUUCGUGAUGGUGAAGAAGGCUACAAUAGCCUACCCCAGAGCCCACUCGACUACGCUUUCCCCACUUCGAUCACUUCUGGCAUGAUGGCUGGUGAUCCUGCAGCUGUCCUGCCUCAAACGAUCUGCAGAAGUUAUCUCGAUGAGACUCAAGUCAUGUCUGCUCACCCAUCAUGUUUCAACGAUGGCAUAGGAUAUAGCGUCACCCCAAUGCUUUCUGGCAUGUCCUACCAGACGUUCUGUUCAUGAUAGGCGGUUCCUAGAAGUGUUAAUAUCACCCAUAUCCAUUGCUGGGUGCUGGUGGUGGUUUUUGUCCAGAAGUAACAUGGCCCUGCACACGAUCUGAUACGGAUGACGCCAGCCUACUCUCGGCAUACCUCGUCGCUCACCGGAUGUGGCGGUGGCGGUGGCAAAUUAUGAUGAAAAACUCGCAGAGUCGGUGAACCAGAACGCUUUAGCUGCGACCACUCGACGACGGCGGUAAACCGUGCUUUGGGUCAGCUGCCUGCCUUUUGCUACUUGUUCUGCUCUACCAACGAUUCGUCAACAACAUACCCAUCUUGCGUAUUUUGGUCUGUCAUAUGACUCUUUGCAUGUAUCAUUACCUUUCCCUUCCCCUUCCGCUCCUUGUUCUUUUCUUACCUCACUUAUAAUAUUUCCAUGCACUUUAUGCUCAUCGUAUGUAGAUAUAUAUUUACAAGUAUGGUGAUACAGUGCGGACGCUUGUACGUUAUUUCUGUCUAAUAUAAUAGCACCGUUGCUUGAAGUUGUUGACAUCAU